UGAUCUCACCGACCCCGUCCGUACAUCAACAACAGAAGCACCAACACCUUGAAAGUGCGGGUGACGAGUGCUCCGUGUUGGUUGCGCAUUAUCAAUUCUCGACGCUUUGUUGUAUCUGCACUUUACGCGCGCGAGAAGAAGUGAGCGGCACGAGCGCAGAAAGUGGCGCAGCGCAGUUGACCUCGCAGUCGCCAUCGUCAUCCCACCGCGGCCACAACCACGACGACCACGAGGUAGCGGAACCCAUACCACCACGACGGCGCGAUCAUUCACACCCUCUUGCCAUAUUCACGCUUGUCAGCGCGCUCUAUCGACCGCGACGCUGUCCUCCACCGUGCAUGGUACAUCCCUAGGCGCGAGCACAUAUACACAAGGCGAGCAGCAGACACCGCAUACAUUCACCUGGCGCCAUGGCCGACCUCCCAUCGCAGCCCAACCUACGCAUCACCAUCAUUGCCGCAGAUGGACUAUACAAGCGUGAUGUCUUCCGCUUUCCGGACCCGUUCGCUGUCGCAACAAUAGGUGGAGAGCAGACAAAGACGACCGGAGUGAUCAAGAAGACGCUCAAUCCGUAUUGGAACGAGAGUUUCGACAUGCGUGUGGACGAGGACAGCCUACUCGCAGUUCAAAUCUUUGACCAGAAGAAGUUUAAGAAGAAGGACCAGGGCUUCCUCGGCGUUGUGAACGUGCGCAUUGGAAGUGUUAUCGACCUCGAUGCCGGUGGUGAUGAGAUGAUUACUCGUGAUCUUAGAAAGUCCAACGACAACUUGGUGGUGAAUGGCAAGCUCAUCUUAAACUUGUCCACGAAUCUACGCACGCCGAUAGCCUCUGGCGCUCGUCCGAAUGGCAGUUCCGCGGGACCUUCCACUAACGGUGCGCACACCCCUUCGACCCCUGUCGGUGCGCAAUCCUCUGCCUCGCUACAGACACCAUCGACGAGCGUCGCCGGGCCAGUGGCUCCGUCUCGACAAAACACGGGAGGCGUUCCGUCAGCAGCUCCUCCGUCCACCACCAACGGCACUGGCACGUCCGCGAACAGAAGAGCGGAUGGUUCAGGAUUCAGUGCAUUUGAAGAUGCGCAGGGGAGACUACCGCCUGGCUGGGAGCGGCGAGAAGACAACUUAGGGAGGACCUACUAUGUGGACCACAAUAGCAGGCAGACUACAUGGAUCAGGCCGACUGCAAACUUCAAUGCAGGGGAGCAGCGCGCUCAGCUAGAACAGCAGACGAACAUUGAGCGACAAAGGCAUCAAGGCAGAACGUUGCCGGAAGAUAGGACUGGUGCCAAUUCGCCAAGUCUAUCGGACAGACAGAACUCUCCUGGUCAUACUCCGAACCCGACCACUGCUGCAAAUAAUGCCGCCAGUGCAGCACAGAUGGUGGCUACGGGUGCUACAACUGCUGGAACUGGCGAGCUCCCUGCUGGCUGGGAACAACGGCACACUCCAGAAGGUCGAGCAUACUUCGUGGACCACAACACGCGAACCACUACGUGGGUUGACCCUCGGCGACAACAAUACAUUAGGAUGUACGGUCAGAACGCUACGGGCAACAGCACUAUUCAACAGCAGCCCGUUUCGCAGCUCGGCCCACUGCCGAGUGGAUGGGAAAUGCGUCUGACCAACACGGCGCGUGUGUACUUUGUGGAUCACAACACGAAAACCACCACUUGGGAUGAUCCACGACUACCAUCAUCGCUGGACCAGAACGUGCCACAGUACAAGCGUGACUUUAGAAGAAAGCUGAUCUACUUCCGAUCACAACCGGCAUUACGAAUUUUGUCUGGACAAUGCCACGUCAAGGUUCGAAGAACGCACAUCUUCGAGGACUCUUACGCGGAGAUCAUGCGUCAAAGCCCGAACGACCUCAAGAAGCGCCUCAUGAUCAAGUUCGAUGGCGAAGACGGCUUAGACUAUGGUGGACUGUCGAGAGAGUUUUUCUUCCUUCUUUCGCACGAGAUGUUCAACCCCUUCUACUGUCUGUUCGAGUACAGUGCACACGACAACUACACUCUGCAGAUCAACCCCCAUUCUGGCAUCAACCCGGAGCAUCUCGGCUACUUCAAAUUCAUUGGGCGUGUUGUAGGCCUCGCCAUCUUCCACAGACGCUUCUUGGACGCAUUUUUCAUUGGCGCUUUCUACAAGAUGAUUCUCAAGAAGAAGGUUAACCUGCAGGAUAUGGAGGGCGUCGACGCCGAGUUCCAUCGGACGCUUACCUGGACCAUGGAGAACGACAUCACUGACGUGAUCUACUCAACAUUCUCGGUCGAGGAUGAGCGUUUCGGUGAGAAAGUCACUGUCGACCUAAAACCUGGUGGCCGCGACAUUGAGGUGACGAACGAGAACAAGAAGGAGUAUGUGGAGCUUAUCACAGAAUGGCGCAUCCAAAAGCGUGUGGAUGAGCAAUUUAACGCCUUCGUUACUGGCUUCCACGAGCUUAUACCUGCGGAUCUCGUCAAUGUCUUCGAUGAGCGCGAAUUGGAGUUGCUCAUCGGAGGCAUAGCAGACAUCGACGUUGAUGACUGGAAGAAACACACCGAUUAUCGAGGUUACACGGAGAAUGAUGCUGUGGUUCAGAACUUCUGGAAGGUCGUCAGGGCUUGGGACGCAGAGCAGAAGUCUCGGCUUCUGCAAUUCGCUACUGGCACCUCGCGAAUUCCUGUCAACGGUUUCAAGGAUCUCCAAGGUUCAGAUGGGCCUCGAAGAUUCACGAUUGAAAAGUCUGGAGAGGAGAACCAAUUGCCCAAGUCGCACACUUGUUUCAACAGAUUGGACUUGCCGCCAUACAAGAGCUUUGAUGCGUUGUCGCAAAAGCUUGUGUGGGCCGUCGAGGAAACUGUCGGGUUCGGCCAGGAAUGAGCACGAGUUACUCGGCAAGUUUGCAAUGCGAUUCUCUGUCUCGUACCUGAAAUUUGUAGCGGCAAUUCCAUGGCUCGCAUCUGCUCUAUCCUGUCCAUGGUAGAGUCAUGAUGAUGUGUGUGUUUUUUUUACCGGCGAGACAAUGAGGGGCGGGGCAAUAGCUAAUCUCACUAUUCUUUCAUAUGCUGCUCUCUGUGCAUACGUUACGAGGAAAGGAGAGGAAUAGGAAAUGGCAAAAAAAAACUUUCAAUCC